AUGAAACAUUAUAGUGGCAAAGCUCCUUAUAGACUUACACCAUAUGUAGAAGUUUUACAAACCCAUGUAAAUAAAGUUAACAAAGCCACUGUAUAUAAAGCUUGUAUUAAGAAAUUAGAAAGAGAAACAGCAAUUGAAAGAUCUAUUUUUACUAAUACAAAGGCUUGUAUCAAAGUAUAUUUAAAAAAAUGUCAAAACUUUUUUAAAAAAUAUACUGAGGAAGAAAGAAAUGAAAUUCUCUAUAGGUUAGAUAAUGAAACUCAAGAAAUAAAUACAGUUGUAUCUACAAAUUCAGCUAUAAGUUUAUCAACAAAUUUAAGUUUUAUUUCUACUUCUUCUACUUCUGAACCAACUACUAAAACAACUAAAACCAAAACACAUGCUAUACAGCAUACAAAAUCAUGA